GUUUAACGGCAAAAUAAAUCAAAGCCCGUCAAAGACCGGUCAAUUCACGACUCAACACGUCAAACAACAAACAAGUUUUUGCCGGCUAGCUUCAAUUACAAAAAUGUCUGCUCAAUACUAUGCAAAGAUCUUCGGUAUUGGAGCCAUUCUCGGUGCUGGCAUGGAAGUAGUACUCAUUCAGUCCAACUAUUAUCAAAUGCUGGCGGCAUCAGAAGCAAAAUCCAGAGCCAAGAAAUUACAAGAAGAAAUGGAAGCCGUUGAACGCGACAACUCCAUAUGGCAACAUAUUUGA